UGACCUAUAUUUGCGGGUACUCCAGUAGCGCAGAGACAAGACCAGGGGAGUUACGUCUGAUAUUUGACUGUCUGAAAUCGAGAGCCUACUAUCAUUAUGUCGAAACCGUUGUCAGACCACGAUAAAAAGAAGCAGAUUUCAGUGCGAGGUCUUGCCGGCGUGGAAAAUGUUACCGAUUUAAAAACCAAUUUUAACAGACAUCUCCACUUCACACUGGUCAAGGACAGAAAUGUGGCGACAAAAAGGGAUUAUUAUUUUGCCCUGGCACACACCGUGCGCGAUCACCUUGUCGGCAGGUGGAUUCGUACUCAACAGUACUACUACGAGAAAGAUCCUAAACGUGUGUACUACAUCUCCCUGGAGUUCUACAUGGGCCGCACCCUCCAGAACACGAUGGUGAACCUCGCUCUGGAGAACGCCUGUGAUGAGGCCACAUACCAGCUGGGGCUGGAUAUGGAGGAGCUUCAGGACAUGGAGGAAGACGCCGGCCUGGGGAACGGAGGCCUGGGCCGACUCGCCGCCUGUUUCCUGGACUCCAUGGCCUCGCUGGGCCUGGCUGGAUAUGGCUACGGGAUCCGGUACGAGUAUGGCAUCUUCAACCAGAAGAUCGACAAAGGCUGGCAGGUCGAGGAGGCUGACGAUUGGCUGCGCUUCGGGAAUCCCUGGGAGAAAGCCCGCCCAGAGUACAUGAGGCCGGUCCGGUUCUACGGCAGAACCGAGCACCACCCCGACGGGGUGAAAUGGGUCGAUUCCCAGGUAGUGCUGGCUCUGCCCUACGACACCCCCAUCCCAGGCUACAGAAACAACAUCGUCAACACCAUGAGACUGUGGUCUGCCAAGGCCCCCUGUGACUUCAACCUCAAGGACUUUAACGUCGGUGGCUACAUCCAAGCCGUGCUGGACAGGAACCUGGCGGAGAACAUCUCUCGCGUGCUCUAUCCCAACGACAACUUCUUUGAGGGUAAGGAACUGCGCCUCAAGCAGGAGUACUUUGUGGUGUCGGCCACCCUGCAGGACAUCGUCCGUCGCUUCAAGGUGUCCGACUUCGGCUCCAGAGAGGUCUCCCGAACGGACUUCACCACUCUGCCGGAAAAGGUUGCCAUCCAGCUGAAUGACACUCACCCUGCCAUGGCCAUCCCGGAGCUAAUGCGAGUGCUGGUGGAUGAAGAGCAUCUAGCCUGGGAAAAGGCGUGGGACAUCAGCGUGCGUACCUGCGCCUACACCAACCACACGGUCCUGCCUGAGGCCCUGGAGCGCUGGCCCGUGGACCUGCUGCACCACCUGCUGCCCCGCCACUUGGAGGUCAUCUACGAGAUCAACCGUCGCCACAUGGAGAGGGUUGCCGCCAAGUACCCCGGGGACACGGACCGGAUGCGUCGCAUGUCCAUCAUCGAGGAGGGGUCGGAGAAGAAGGUCAACAUGGCGCACCUGUGCAUUGUGGGCUCGCACGCCGUCAACGGCGUGGCGCGGAUCCACUCGGACAUCCUCAAAGCCACCGUAUUUAAAGACUUUUAUGAGAUGGAGCCAAAGAAGUUCCAGAACAAGACUAAUGGCAUCACCCCUCGUCGCUGGCUGGUCAUGUGCAACCCUGGCCUGGCUGAGGUCAUCGCCGAGAAAAUCGGAGAGGACUUCAUCCGUGACCUUGACCAGCUGAAGAAGCUGCUGAAGUUCAUCGACGACGAGGCCUUCAUCCGCGACGUCGCCCAAGUCAAGCAGGAGAACAAGCUGAAGUUUGCGGUGCACUUGGAGGAGCACUACAAGGUGAAGAUUAACCCCAACUCCAUGUUCGAUCUGCAAGUCAAGAGGAUCCACGAGUACAAGAGGCAGCUGCUCAACUGUCUGCACAUCAUCACCUACUUCAACCGCAUCAAGAAGGAGCCUAACAAGCACUGGACCCCGAGAACCAUCAUGAUCGGAGGGAAGGCUGCCCCGGGCUACCACACUGCCAAGUUGAUCAUCCGUCUAAUCACGGCCAUCGGCGAGGUGGUCAACCACGACCCUGUCGUGGGAGACCGCCUCAAGGUCAUCUUCCUGGAGAACUACCGGGUGACCCUGGCCGAGAGAGCGAUCCCUGCCGCCGACCUCUCUGAGCAGAUUUCCACGGCGGGCACGGAAGCUUCCGGCACGGGCAACAUGAAGUUCAUGCUGAACGGCGCCCUGACCAUCGGCACCAUGGACGGCGCCAACGUGGAGAUGGCGGAAGAGGCGGGCGAGGACAACCUGUUCAUCUUCGGCAUGAGGGUGGACGACGUGGACGCGAUGGAUGUAAAAGGAUACAAUGCGUCAGAGUACUACAACCGGAUCCCGGAGCUGAAACAGGCCAUGGAUCAGAUCGCCGGGGGAUUCUUCAGCCCCAAGCAGCCUGACCUCUUCAAGGACAUCGUGGACAUGCUCAUGAACCAUGACAGGUUCAAAGUGUUUGCUGACUAUGAAGACUACAUUAAAUGCCAGGAUAAAGUCAAUGCUUUGUACAAGAACCCCAAGCAAUGGACCAAGAAGGUGAUCCACAACAUCGCUGGCUGUGGCAAGUUCUCCAGCGACCGCACCAUCGCCCAGUACGCUCGCGAAAUCUGGGGAGUGGAGCCCAGCCUGGAGAAGAUCCCCGGCCCCGACGAGAAGCCAUAAGCGGCCCCGCCAGGCCCCGGCACAGCCCCCCCUCACCUCGUUCACCCACCCACCCCUCUCACCUGAGUCCUCCGUCACACCCGCUUCCCUAGGACACUGCUGCUGUUAGGUCCAUGCCCGUAGCUAGGGGGCAGUCGUGAGAGCCUUCUCUCUCGGGCGACCGCCGAAUGAAAGUAGCGCCGCCGCCGCAAGCUCGGCACACGCUCGGACUCGCACACCGCAGGGGGAAAAGGAAAUGCGGAUUUGUAAAGACCCCUCUGACUAGCGAUUAGGCCGAAUCGUCCCACGGAGUCAAGGUCAUUGGCCCGAAGCAGCGGUCACUCUCCAAUGACCAGAGAGACCAAGGAAGGGGGGAAUGGGGGGGAGGGGGUUGUCUGGGGGAUGUGGAGAAGGUGCUAGAAGUGUGUUGCGGGUUUUGAGCUUUCGGUGUUUUUUUUUUGCAUUCUCCAGUACACCUGUAUGCCUUUUUACUUGGAUCCGUUCGAAUGGAGUUUUCUUGUCUUCAAUACAUUGAUCCUACGAGCUGCGUGUGUGUUUCAUCUUCCUUGAAUGCGGUCUGUGUCGUACUUGCAUUGUGUCUAGACUCUCCCAGACUGUAGGAUCCACAUUCUACACUAACUAGGGUGCGUUUGCCCCUCUCUCCCCUCCAUUGAACCUUGUAUAUCUGGAGGGUCAGGUGGGGUAAACACAUUAUUAGAAACAAACUGUAGGUAUUUUGUCAGCAGCUUGUCUUUGGACUCCGCAGGGGGUCAAAUCCCCAAUGUUGUCAACUCACAGAUGUUGUUUUUCUUCUUUCUUUUUACCUAAAGACAUGUUUGCCACUGUGGUCUGUCUCCCUGAAAGCAGAUAACCUGAGCAGAUGAGUCUAUGGGAUGGAGUAGAACAGGCUAACUGAUCCACCGUUGGGGGGAAUUGUGUCUGUGUAAUCCGUUGUCAUUUGGCACUCCCUGUUCUCUCUCUGUUUCAAGUGAAGCUCACCGGUGUCGCUGAACACGAGUGACAGUCACGUUUCAGUCAGUCACUACCUGUCAUACUAUACCAAUAAAGUAUACUUGACAUUUU